UCACAUUGUCAACAAGGAGUCUUUUUGUGCAAGCAGCGCGGACUCGAAGAUCAGGUGGUGAAGCAGCGAAAAGACCCAACAUGGAGUCAUGCAAGCAAAGAAUAAACACGCACAAGAGACCUUUCCUGCUCAAUGUCUUCUUCUACAGGAAGUUCAUUCAUCCCAAAGUGAUGCAUAGACCAACAAGAAAACUCAACUCAGUUUCCAUCACAAACACAUGAAAUAAGGACUAAUAUACCGUAAGCUCAGAGCUGAGCGUUCAAUGGAAGCAGACGUGUAAGCUGUGUCUUAUAAGCCAAGAAAGGAUGAAAGAAUUGAAGGGAAGAUAGGGAUUUUGUUCC